CUUCCUUUCUGGCAGCGGCUUAAUCUACGCCAACAUGCCACUCGCAAAAGACUUGCUGCACCCAACCCCUGAGGAGGAGAGGAGGAGGCACAAGAAGAAGCGUCUCGUUCAGAGUCCCAAUUCUUAUUUCAUGGAUGUCAAGUGUCCAGGAUGUUAUAAGAUCACAACUGUGUUCAGCCAUGCGCAGACAGUAGUGCUUUGUGUGGGCUGCUCAACUGUGCUGUGUCAGCCCACUGGAGGCAAAGCUCGACUCACAGAAGGAUGUUCCUUCAGAAGGAAGCAGCAUUAAGAUGUUCUCUGGAUGCUUGCUUAGAGGGCGAGAGAGAGGGUGAGAGAGAGACAAGAUGAUGAUCUGGCCUUCAUGACUGCCAAUGUCUGGUUAUUUCACAGAAACAAGAAAAUAUAACCAAAACACCCUCAAGGACAGGCAGGAAUGUUCACCAAACUGUCACUUUUUUUCUCUUUCUGUUUCAGUCUCAAUAAAAUGUUUGGGCUAAAA